ACAUUUUGCGAUGUGGGGACGAGAGGGCCCGGCUGGGUGAAGAGUCCGGGAAGGCCUGCCCAAAUCGGGUCCCCCUGCCUGCCCUUCUUCCCUGGGCGAAGCUGGGGGUCCGGGGCACCGAGAGGCGCCUGCGGGACAAGGAUGGAGCGGGCAGCCGCGACGGGGCUGAGUGAAGCAACCAUGCCUACUUGGGGGACCGGCUGCCUGUCACCUGACCGCUUUGCGGUGUGUGCUGAGGCGGAGGACAAGGUGCGGGAGCAGCAGCCCAACGUGGAGCGCAUCUUCAGCGUAGGAAUGAGCAUCCUUCCCAAGGACUGUCCCGAGAACCCCCACAUCUGGCUGCAGCUUGAGGGCCCCAAGGAGAACGCCAGCAGAGCCAAGGAGUACCUGAAGGGUCUCUGCAGCCCAGAACUGCAGGGUGAGAUCCACUAUCCGCCUAAACUGCACUGCAUCUUCCUCGGAGCCCAGGGCUUCUUCCUUGACUGCUUGGCCUGGAGCACAACAGCCCACCUGGUUCCCCGGGCGCCUGGCUCACUGAUGAUCAGUGGCCUGACUGAGGCCUUCGUCAUGGCUCAGAGCCACGUGGAGGAACUGGUGGAGCGGCUGAGCUGGAACCUGCAGCCAAGGCCAUCCGCUGGAACUUCACAGUUUGCUGGUGUCCUGAGAGACUUCUCUGCCCUGCUGCAGCCCUGGGGGGAUACCCACAAAGAGGCCCUACUGCAGCUGCCUCCAGCUGUCCAAGAGGAACUGCUGAGUCUGGUGCAGGAGGCAUCCAGGGGACAGGGGCCACAAGCAUGCUCUUCCUGGGAGGGGAGAAGCCCAGGCCUGCUGGGUGCUCAGCUCUUGGAAGUCAGUGAUCCCCUAAGUGAAGGCAGGGAGUCCCAGGAUACUGGAUCUGUGGGGCGGGGAGAGUCAAGGGGAGACAGACAAGGUAGUUCCAGGGAGAUGGAUUUGGGGUGGAAGGAGCUACCUGGGGAAGAGGCCUGGGAGAGAGAUGUGGCCUUGGGGUCACAGUCAGGGGGAAGAGAGGUAGGGAUAUCAGGGCCCUUGAAGGGGAAGGCUAUGGGGAAGGAGGGGCUGCCUCAGGAGAGAGGAGGGUUCUGUGCCCAGGGUGAGCCUCCUGGGGCUCAUGGCCCCUCUCAGAGAGCAAGUCAGCCCCGGGGAGCCUCCCUCCUCCAGCGGCUCCACAAUGGGCAAGCCUCACCUCCAAGAGUGCCUAGCCCUCCACCUGCACCUGAACCCCCAUGGCACUGUGGAGACCGGGGAGACAGGGGAGACAAGGGAGACAAGCAGCAGAUUGUGACUCGAGGUCGGGGGUCUCCCUGGAAACGGGGCACCCGGGGCAGCAACUUGGUGACUGGCACGCAGCGUUUCCAGGAGGCCCUACAGGACCCUUUCACUCUGUGCCUUGCCAAUGUGCCUGGCCAGCCAGACCUCCGCCAUAUUGUCAUUGACGGCAGCAACGUGGCCAUGGUGCUCUGGGCCCCCAGAGUGGUGACUUCUUCCCAUUGCAGGCACGGCCUCCAGCACUACUUCUCCAGCCGAGGCAUUGCCAUUGCUGUGCAGUACUUCUGGGACCGCGGCCACCGGGACAUAACCGUCUUUGUGCCUCAGUGGCGCUUCAGUAAGGAUGCCAGGGUCAGAGAGGGUCACUUCCUGCAAAAGCUGUAUUCUCUCAGUCUGCUCUCCCUCACUCCCUCGAGGGUCAUGGAUGGCAAGAGGAUCUCCUCCUAUGAUGACAGGUUCAUGGUAAAGUUGGCUGAGGAGACGGAUGGGAUCAUUGUCUCCAAUGACCAGUUCCGGGACCUGGCAGAGGAGUCUGAGAAAUGGAUGGCAAUCAUCAGAGAGCGCCUGUUGCCCUUCACCUUUGUGGGAAACCUCUUCAUGGUCCCUGAUGACCCGCUGGGGCGAAAUGGCCCUACCCUGGAUGAGUUCCUGAAGAAGCCAGUCAGGACACAGGGGUCUUCUGAGGCUCAGCAUCCUUCCAGGGGCAUCACAAAACACAAUCAUCAGCAGCAGGGGAGAGAAGAGGAAAAAGGCAGCAGUGGCAUUCGGAAGACCCGUGAGACAGAGCGGCUCCGGCGCCAGCUGCUGGAGGUGUUUUGGGGCCAGGAUCACAAGGUGGACUUUAUCCUGCAGCGGGAGCCAUACUGCCGGGACAUCAAUCAACUCUCUGAGGCCCUGCUCAGUCUCAAUUUCUGAGCCUCACCUGCCUGAGUGGCUGCCACCCAUCAGCUCCAGUCCCACCCAGCUCGGUCCCUUCUGUGAGAGUCUCUCUGCUGCUCAGAGCCUGACCCAGACUCACCCUAAGUUGGUACUUUGGGUUGGGGAAGCACUAAGGAAGAGCGUUCAAGAGUUGGGAAUGCUUUUGCCUGGGUCACUUUGGAGAUAGGUCCAUAAAGUGACCUGAUGUCAUUUGGAGUCAGGACCUCAACCAGCUCUCAAGAGGUUCUGCUCAGCCUUGACUUCUCAACUUUGCCUUAGCACACGGUUUCUGUAGGGAGUGGGGGCUGCUGGAAAGGCUAAAUCGUAGAGACUGGGACUACCAGCUCUACCUUUAAGCCGAGUCAGGGUGGGAAACAAAGAACGGUGACAAGGAAACUAAGCCUUUCCUUCCCCUGGCUGUUGCUCUGGGUGGUCAGAGGACAGGUGCUGUCCAGGCCUGGUUAGGCUUCUGAGAUCACUGGCAGAAAUGCUGGGCCCUGGAAAGGCUGUAGUGUUAGGUGGGCUUGUCGCAGUGGGAGAGCCAGAAGCUGGUGAAGGCAAGGAGAGACUUGGCUUCUGGUCUUAGCUAUGCCUGUCUGGGAUCAGAUCGAGCUGCUUGGCCUUUAUUUCUACCUGUAAAUUAGGGGUAGAAAUACCCAUUGGGAGGAGCAAUGAGAACAUACUGGAAAGCUCUUUGGAAGAAAGGUACUUUGACCGUCUCAGGUGUAUCUGACUGCGCAUGUUUCUUAACCAAGACCUAACUUUCAGAGAGCUGUGGGUCGUCUGUCCCCUGGGCAUCCACCUGUGCCCUGGCUUUUAACAGAGUUCUCAGUAUAACGUGCCCUAUAAUGGCUGCGUCCCUUUUGGGCAACCUCAAAAUCCACACUUACAAAAUAGUUAAAUUAGGGGGUGACUUUUUACAUUACCAAAAUACUCUCAGGGUUCUUUUAAAUGGCAGCUCUCCCAUUGCAAUCAAGUGUUUACAGAUUAACGAAUGUGUCAGAAAGUCCCCUGUUAGAUGCACUUGCUGAAAUGCUGGGAGCAAUCACAAAUCCAACGAAGACAUGCUCUACAGUGACGAUGUGAUUUGACCCUAACAUUUUCUCUACAUAAUACAUAUAUUUCAUAAAGUGAGGCACACUUC